CAAGCAGGAAUAUCUCAGGAGGACAUCUAAUGUUAUCCCCGGAUUGUGAAAUAAAAGAUAAUGACAGUAUACAGGAUUCUCCAGGAGAUAAUCCCAAUACCCCAAUUAUACAUCCAGCUCUACCAGCUGUUCCCUCUGAUCCUGGGGAAUGUUCUCCUGAUCACUCUGAUAUUGGAGCAUCUGUUACAGCUCUGAGAGUAGAUACAGUGUUUCCGUGUUCUAUAGAUGCCAAAUGUUUUACACCGAACACAAAGCCUAUUAACCCACACACAGGUAAGGCAGGUGAGAGGCCACUGAUCUGUUCUGAGUGUGGGAAAUGUUUUACAUACAAAUCGCAAUUUGUUAUACAUCAGAGAAGUCACACAAGUGAGAAGCCAUUUCUAUGUUCUGAGUGUGGGAAAUGUUUUACAUACAAAUCAGAUCUUGUUAUACAUCACAGAAGUCACACAGGUGAGAAGCUAUUUUCUUGCUCUGAGUGUGGGAAAUGUUUUACACGGAAAUCAGAUCUUGUUGGACAUCACAGAAGUCACACGGGUAAGAAGGCAUUUCCAUGUUCUGAGUGCGGGAAAUGUUUUACACGGAAAUCAGAUCUUGUUGUACAUCACAGAAGUCACACAGGUGAGAAGCCAUUUUCUUGCUCUGAGUGCGGGAAAUGUUUUACACGGAAAUCACAUCUUGUUGGACAUCACAGAAGUCACACGGGUAAGAAGGCAUUUCCAUGUUCUGAGUGCGGGAAAUGUUUUACAAGGAAAUCAGAUCUUGUUGUACAUCACAGAAGUCACACAGGUGAGAAGCCAUUUUCUUGCUCUGAGUGCGGGAAAUGUUUUACAUACAAAUCAGAUCUUGUUGGACAUCACAGAAGUCACACAGGUGAGAAGGCAUUUCCAUGUUCUGAGUGUGGGAAAUGUUUUACACGGAAAUCAGAUCUUGUUAGACAUCACAGAAGUCACACAGGUGAGAAGCCAUUUCCAUGUUCUGAGUGUGGGAAAUGUUUUGCACACAAAUCACAUCUUGUUACACAUCACAGAAGCCACACAGGUGAUAAGCCAUUUUCUUGCUCUGAGUGCGGGAAAUGUUUUACACGGAAAUCAGAUCUUGUUAAACAUCACAGAAGUCACACAGGUGAGAAGCCAUUUCCAUGUUCUGAGUGUGGGAAAUGUUUUGCACACAAAUUACAUCUUGUUAGACAUAAUAGAACUCACACAGGUGAGAAACCAUUUCCAUGUUCUGAGUGUGGAAAAUGUUUUACACAAAACUCACAUCUUGUUAGACAUCAGCGAACUCACACAGGUAAGAGGCUAUUUCUAUACUCUGAGAAAUAAAUCAGCUCUUGUUGCACACAAUAGACAUCACUCAGGUGAGGAACCAUUUUAAUCUUCUGGAGUAUUCUCAUCAUUGCCAUGCGUUGUUCUUCAAGGUUCCUAUCCUAUCUCCUAUGCUUUUUGCAAUAUACAUGUUACCACUGAGUGAAAUAAUCAGAUGUCAUGCUCUUAUUUAGCACUGCUAUGCAGAUGACUUGUCUCUUGCUCCGGGUACUGAGAACCUAGUACAAAUCCUAAAUGGUUGUCUAGCUGAGCUCCAGGUGUGGGUGAUGCCAGUUGGCUGUGACUCAGUCCUGGUGAAACAGGUCUAUAUGGUAAAAGCUCACCAACAAAGGGCAGGGCUACAGCUCUGCUUUGCAAACCAACCAGACUUGUGCUUGGGGGUUCAGAGUAACAAAAUGCUGAUCCUGUGCGAAAUCUUGGUGUCCUGGAUGGUGGAGUGACACUUAGACAUUAGGUAUCAGCCACAAUCAGAUCCUCAUCUGAGGAACAUAGCCAGACUCCAGCACUUAUUUCCCUCAGAAGAUCUUCCUACAGUCAUACAUGUACUUGUAUCAUCACGCAUAGACUACUGCAAUGUCCUCUACCUGGGUCUCCCAGCAAUAGAAUUGCAUCGGUUGUAGCUUAUACAGAAUGCAGCAGCCAGGCUGUUACCUAACCAGCCCGUUCCUGCCACAUAACAUCUCUUCACCGGCUGCCUGUAAGAUGGUGACUGUAUUACAUAAUCUUACUGACUCUCCCAGCCCUACAUGACCAGGGUCCAUGGUACCAGAAGCAGCUUCUGCCUCCUUACUGUCCUGCUUUCUUACUUCCACCUGCAGAUGAAGGACUGUUACAAGCAGUACCAAGAAUCCCCAAGCAGUACUGAGAUGUCAGGGGGGCAGACAGGGUGGUGGCACAGGCACUGUCUGUGGGUAAUAUUGUCCCCAAGCAGCGCUAAGGUGUCAGAGGGGAGACA